CAGCAGGCGGCGGCGGUGGGUUGGCAGCCCUGGCGGUCUCCUUUACACUGGUGGCUGCGUCAGCAUUAUCCACCAUGAAGCUUAAUAAGCUGAAAACAGCUUCUCGACGCAAGAACCGAAAUCGUUACUUCAAUGCACCUUCCCACAUACGUCGAAGGUUCAUGUCUGCCCCCCUCUCUAAAGAACUGAGACAGAAGUACAAUGUUCGAUCAAUUCCUAUUCGCAAGGAUGAUGAAGUUCAGGUGGUUCGUGGGCACUACAAAGGCCAGCAAGUAGGGAAGAUUGUUAGUGUGUAUCGUAAGAAGUACUGCAUCUACAUAGAGAGAAUCCAGAGAGAAAAAGCAAAUGGUGCCUCUGUUUAUGUUGGCAUCCAUCCCUCUAAGGUAUGCGUGGUGAAGCUCAAAAUGGACAAAGACCGCAAGAAGAUCAUAGAAAGGAGAGCAGCAGGGCGUGCUGCAAGACAAGGAAAGGACAAAGAGAAACUCACUGCUCUGGAUACCUCUUCCUAAAUAAAGCCUCUUAAUUAUU